AUGUGGGAAAAACGCAAAUGUGAAAAAACGCAAAUGUGGGAAAAACGCAAAUGUGGGAAAAACGCAAAUGUGGGAAAAACGCAAAUGUGGGAAAAACGCAAAUGUGGGAAAAACGCAAAUGUGGGAAAAACGCAAAUGUGGGAAAAACGCAAAUGUGGGAAAAACGCAAAUGUGGGAAAAACGCAAAUGUGGGAAAAACGCAAAUGUGGGAAAAACGCAAAUGUGGGAAAAACGCAAAUGUGGGAAAAACGCAAAUGUGGGAAAAACGCAAAUGUGGGAAAAACGCAAAUGUGGGAAAAACGCAAAUGUGGGAAAAACGCAAAUGUGGGAAAAACGCAAAUGUGGGGAAAAAAGCAAAUGUGGGAAAAAAGCAAAUGUGGGAAAAAAGCAAAUGUGGGAAAAAAGCAAAUGUGGGAAAAACGCAAAUGUGGGAAAAACACAAAUAUGGAAAGAACGCAAAUAUGA